GGUUCAUCUGAUCGCUUAUCUUUGUCUGGAUCCCUUCUCUCCUCGGCUCUAAUGGCGGGAGACGACGGCGCCGGCGGCGGCGAGGAGGAGGUGGAGAGGCAGCUGGAGAAGCAGUUAAAUGAACAGAAGGAGUCCCUUGCGGCCGUGGAUGAAGCCCUGGCUUGCGAUCCUGCCAACCCGGAACUCCUUGCGGUUCAUGAAGAGCUACUUGCAGUGAUCAGAGAUGCAGAACAGGGCCUUCUUCAUUUAAAACGUUUUCGAUUACUUAAAGAAGCUGAUGUUAUCUUUACAAGACAGGCAGCAGUUUCUGUUAUUGAGGAUGUCAAGGUGGAGGCUUUGGAUUCAGCACAGGUCAAACCAGAACCUCUUGAAUCUGAAUGCUAUUCUAUCGGAUCGAAGUGUAGGUUCCGUCACAAGGAUGGACGGUGGUAUAAUGGUAACAUCAUAAGUUUUGAAGGAGAUAGUUCGGCAAGGAUUUCUUUUCUCAACCCUACAUCUGAAAGCAUGCUGAUGUGCAAGUUCUUUUUACAGCAGCGAUGUCGAUUUGGUGGUAACUGCCGAUUAUCACAUGGAUUUGAUGUUCCUGUAUCUUCAUUAAAGCAAUACAUCCCCACCAAAUGGCAUCAGUUGUUGGUGGGAUCCAACAUUUGGGCUGUCUCAGAGAGCCAAUCUGGCAUUUGGAGGAAAGCCGAGCUUGAAUUAUUGGAUGAUGAUCUUGGGCAUGGUCAGGUUGUUUUCCUAGAUGAUGGAACAUCAGCCAAGCUCGAGACUGAAGCUCUCUCAAUAUCGAAUUAUGCUGAAAUGAGUAGUGAUGAUGAAGAUGAGGACUUGAGCUCAGAAAGUUCAGAAUCCACUGGAGAAGAGGAAGACUUGGAUGACGAAACAGAUCAUCAAGGGCUUGGCUUUUUAGAAGCAACAAAAUUACAAAGAGGUAUUCAAACAGAGACUGCUGUUUUUGCACAAUGGGAAAAUCACACUCGUGGCAUUGCAUCCAAAAUGAUGGCCAGCAUGGGUUAUCGAGAAGGUAUGGCAUUAGGUGCAUCUGGUAAGGGUAUUGUUGAUCCGAUCACUGUGAAAAUUCUCCGACCAAGGCAAUCACUCGAUCAUGCUUUUGCAUCUAAUGAGAGUGAAGAGAAAAAAGUUGAUCGUAACAAAAAGCGUAGCAGGGGUGGCAAAAGAAAGCGUGACAAGAAGCAUGCUGCCGCAGCUCGGGCCGCUAAAGCUGAAGAGGAGAUGGCACCUGAUGUUUUCAGCUUUAUCAAUAGCCAGCUCACUGGGCAAGAUGUUGUGAAUGGUUCAGGAAACAAACAGAAGAAGCAAUCAGAUGGGACUAGUGGGAGCAUGAAAAAGGUGGAUAGGCGGUCAUUAAUUGCAUAUGAAGAUGAAGUAAAAGAGCUAAGAAACCGGGUCGAGAAGCUGGAAGAGAUGGUAAAUCGGAAUCGCAAGGAUAAAGCAAUGUAUGAAGCGGCAUCUAGGAAGUUGAACGAGACACGCAAGGCUCUAGCAGAUGCUGAAGCUGCCCAUGUUUCAGCCUCUAAUGCAGUUGUGAACAAGGAGAAGGAGAAGAAGUGGCUCAGAUUUUGAUGUUUCACAACCAUGUUAGGCAUUCAGUCUUUUUGCCCUCUUUUGCCUUCUGUAUUGGACUUGCUUUCAAUCAUUGCCAACAUCUAGGUUUUCCUGUUAUGUUAAUUUUUUUUUUCUGUGUAUGUGUAUACAUUUAUAUACUUCAAUUAAUCCCUUUAUUAAAUGUUUA